AUGACUUUGCGAAGUAUAUCACCUAAGUGCUAUAGAUAUCUAAGAGAUAAAUUGGAGUUUCCGUUACCAGGUUUAUCAACAUUGAGACAGUGGGCAGGGCAAUUUAAUAUGGACAAAGGUAUUUUGAAAGAUGUUCUUAUGCUUUUGAAAAAUAUGGGAAAAUCUUUAUCAGAAAUGGACAAAGUGACAGUAAUAUCAUUUAAUGAGACUUAUGUUUCACAAAAAUUGUGCUACAAUUAA